CUCCUUCUCCUCCCCUCCUCCUCGUAGUGCGGUGGUGGCGGGCAGGCUCCGGCCGCGGCCCCGCAGCUCCCCGCCGAAGCGGCGCGGCCUCCGCUCCCCCCUCCGCUGGGUCCGCUGCCCAGCGCCGGCGCGAUGUCGGGCGGCGCAGCAGGCACCCCCAAGCCUCUCCCGUCCUCCGGGCCCAAGUCGCUGCGGGAGAUGCCGCAUCCCCUGGCCCCGUCCAGCAGCGAGGAGAUGGGGCCGGCGCUCACCCCCAGCCCCGACCUGCUUCUGCCCCGCAGCAUCGCCGACAAGGAUCUCAGUCUACCCAAUGGCACACCUGUGGACACUUCUAGUCCAGCCUCCUCCUCAUCUCUCCUCAACAGGCUGCAGCUGGAUGAUGACUUGGAUGGGGAAACUAGAGACCUCUUUGUUACAGUUGAUGACCCCAAAAAACAUGUGUGCACAAUGGAGACAUACAUCACAUACAGGGUUACGACAAAGACCACGCGAGCAGAGUUUGAUUUGCCAGAGUAUUCUGUCCGCCGGCGGUACCAAGACUUUGACUGGUUGAGAAACAAGCUGGAAGAAUCUCAGCCAACACAUCUCAUUCCUCCUCUUCCUGAGAAAUUUGUGGUGAAAGGUGUUGUCGAUCGCUUUUCUGAAGAGUUCGUGGAGACUAGGAGGAAAGCAUUAGACAAAUUCUUGAAGAGAAUAACUGAUCACCCGGUGCUUUCUUUUAACGAGCACUUCAAUGUGUUUCUCACAGCCAAGGAUCUUAAUGCCUACAAAAAGCAAGGAAUGGCAUUGCUGUCGAAGGUGGGGGAGUCUGUCAAAUACGUCACGGGAGGCUACAAAUUAAGAAGUCGGCCACUGGAGUUUGCAGCCAUUGGGGAGUAUCUAGAUACAUUCUCUCUAAAGCUUGGUACCAUUGAUAGAAUAGCACAACGGAUUAUCAAGGAACAGUUGGAAUAUUUGGUGGAACUACGAGAAUAUGGACCUGUUUAUUCAACCUGGGGAGGUCUGGAGGUUGAGCUAUCGGAGCCACUGGAAGGGGUGUCUGCCUGUAUUGGAAACUGCUGCACAGCUCUUGAAGAACUCAGUGAAGACAUGACAGAAGACUUCCUGCCUGUGCUUAGGGAAUAUAUAUUGUACUCGGAGUCGAUGAAGAAUGUGUUGAAGAAGAGAGACCAAGUUCAAGCAGAGUAUGAAGCAAAACUGGAAGCAGUAGCCUUGAAAAAAGAAGACCGUCCAAAGGUACCCACAGAUGUUGAGACAUGUCAAGACCGAGUAGAAUGUUUCAAUGCUGACUUGAAAGCAGAUAUGGAGAGAUGGCAGAACAACAAAAGACAAGACUUUAGGCAGCUACUCAUGGGGAUGGCAGAUAAAAACAUCCAGUACUACGAGAAGUGCCUUACAGCGUGGGAGUCAAUUAUACCACUAUUGCAAGACAAGCCAGAGACCAAAUAAGACGUACAUUCAUGGACAGCCUAGUGCUUCUGUGCUCAGUACCACCAGACAUACUGGAACUGUAUGAAGGACUCCUUUUGUCAAGUUAACUGAAAUGCCAGCUGCACUUAGGCUGGAACAGAUGCUCUGAAAACUAUUUGAAUUUUUCCUCACUUUCUGUGUUUAAAUUGGGGUAUGUUUCAUCUUUUUCAGUUAUCUUGAAUGGUUCCUUCUUUAUCCUAUGGAGUGAUUGGGGGUUCGUAGUGGAAGUGCACGGGGAUCUUGAUAAAACUUACCUCUUUAGCCUGGAAGGAACUGAUGAGUGGAACACUAAAAAGAUGAAAAUAAAACUCUACUGCAAGGUGCCAAAUGACAUCUUUACCAUUCUGUUUUGUUUGCUUUAAAAAUAAAAGAUAAUUAUUCCUAUGAUACAGUACUCCCUAACCAAUCCUUAUCCCUUUUUUUGGAUGGGCAGGGAAAGGCUGGAAACAAAUAUUUUCUGUUUUACAACCACCCAUAUGCUCCCACCAAAUAAAAUGGUUUCUGGAGACUUUCUGUGUGGGAGUUGGGCUGGUCCCAGGCAGAGCACAGCAACAUGACCUGCAGGGAGCCUGUGAUGCAAGCAUGAACUGUGGUUUUUGUGAGUGUGGCAUGCUGUUGGUUCAUACUGAGUAUCCUUGUUUACCUUGGUGAUUAUAAAGUAAUGUCAGUUGACUGAAGCGUAUUUGUGACUGACGUGGGGAUCAAAAUAUGGGCCUAGCUGCAGGAGUGAGUUGAACAGCAGCCUUUCAAGGUGCAUGGGAACGGUGGAAGCAAGUACAAGUCUUUAGUGUAGUUUUUUCCUAAAGCUAGCUCUGGAAAUUGCGUAGUAGAAUUCUCUUGGUCUAUGCUUUAAAUGCUUUUUGGGAUUUUUUUUUUUUUUUCUGAACUAGAGCCACUUUAGGCUUGGUCACUUAAGGUGCUUGUUGUAGUAAAGGUGGAACUCUGCUUUCUCUCCCCAUGUUUUUUUUUGCAGCAGCCGACAGCCAAAGUGUGUCAAAUGCUUGCAUCCACCAAGCACCAUUGUGUGUGAAACUUGCCUUAAAUAGGUUGGUGGGGGUAGACUGGUACCCUGUUAGAUACAGAGUUCACACCUGUCCCUACUGAAUCACGUGGCAAGUCUUUUAAGACUACUUCUGGUACAGAUCUAUUUUCUCAGUAGUUCUUGCUGGUCUUUAGAAAUGUAACUGCUGUUGCAAGUCCCUUUUUUCCCUUUCUCUUGCAGUCCAACCUCAAGUAUUGGUGUUAAUGGCCUUAGGAAUGCUGCUUAGGAUUCCCUGGGUCCCAGAGUCUUGAUUUAACAGCAUGCAGAUAAAUUCUUUUAACCAUCCUAAGUGAGGGGGAUUGGGGCUAAUAUCAGUGUAAUAUUGGGAUCUGAGGGAAUAAGUAACUCUGAGCACUUACUGCUAAACUUGAAUGACUACUUGAUUUCUGGCAACUUUCUUGCAAAAAAUAUGGGCAGCUUUUGUCUCCUCCUUGACAGCCUACAGAUACCAGUCUGGUUUGGAUUUCGUCCCUUCGUAAACCCCAAGUACACCUGAAGCCCCCUUAUUCAGCUUGGUGGCUUUAUAACAACUUUCAAGAUGAGUUAUUGCAGCAAUGUGGCAGCUGUCAGGCUAAUGAAACAAUGCUCUCUGGCUACAAAAGUCAAGUUUAAGGCAUUUUUAAAAGGUCUUCCUUUUUGACUCAGCCUCCACUGAAGCUCUGUGGUUCUAAACAAACUAUGCUUUUUGGUUUAAGCUCAUAGUUUGCCAAUAUACACUGACGUGGUGUAAAUGAGAACUCUGCUUUAAGUUGCUGUUAGGUCCAGAAUGACAAACUACUGUUAUGAAAAGGAAGCGCUUAAGGGGAUCAUCUUGAAGCAGUAACCAAGUGUUUUCCUCAGUCUUUCCCUUCUAAAAUAAGCACUUGCCUACCAUUUAACAGUCUGACCUUCAUGGUUACAGUCUUUCCAGUUUCCCACAAACUGAGAUCAACAUGCUUUUUUUUGAGCUGGUUCCUGUGUAGUAAGUGGAAUUUUGUCAUUGACUCUGUAACAUCACUGGGAGCCAAGCAAAAUGUAAUUUGAACUAAUAUGUAGACAGUCUACCUAUUUUUUUAUAAGGUAAAAGUGAAAGAUGAGUAGAAAGGAUGGUGGGUUUUUUUCCCUACAGCUGAGUAGGUUUCAUGUAAUGCCUUACACACAUUUUUUAUGUCAGACUGAAGUGUGGGUAUUUGUUCUGGGGGAUUUAGGAACUGACAUCACAGAUGUUCAUGAGAAACAUAAAAGGCAAUGGAAAGUAUCAAGUGAAAUUCAAAUCAACAUGUAACGGUUGAGGCUGGAGCUGCUGGAGAUUAGCUUAAAUUUUCUUUAAUCUGAUGCCACUGAAUCUGUGACAUGGUUCUUAUGCUUUGGAUGAGGACUAGUUUUUUUAAUUUUGGGUAAAUCCCUUUCUGGCUAAGCUGUUGGAAGUCAGGCAUGCUUUGCACCUCCCUGUUGGAGUUAUGUGGCUCUGUGGCACCUGCAAGUUGAUUUGGAGUGGUUGGAAUGUGCACCUUGGGUUGUGGCCACCAGUAGGAUUUCUUACGUGAUCAGGAACACUAAAACCUCUUAAGCCCCUACAAAGGAACGAAAACUUAACAUUCAGAAGAGGAGUCCUCUGCAAGAAUUGAUGCUGUAUAAGAAGGGUGUUUAGUGAUGGGUCUCCCAGCUCCGAUGGCCUGCGGAGGAGUCUCUUUUUAUAAAGAGCUGCUGUAAAUCACUACGUAACUGUGGGAGAGGCUGCGAGGUGUGGGGAGGAUCUUAACUGUGAGGUUUGGGGCAGCAAUGCCCAACAGGAGAACUACAAAAUAGUGGGAAACUCCUGUAAGAUGUAGUGACACUUAAAGAGUGUACUUAAUUGCUGCUAGUGGGAGGUUGAAAUAUGAACGGUUAGUGAAACUCCUGAUAUGUUAUCCUGUAAUUCUUACAGAAUAGGAGUCUCUCCUUUGGAUGGCCCAAACCUUGUAUGUGGAAAGUAAAAAGGUGUUGGUGAAGUGAAGCAGGAGUAGUGUGGGAAUCUCAUCUCUGAAUAACUUCUUGAUUGUUCCAUCACUUAAGGUCACUGUCUACACAUGCACUAAAAUGAUGUCAAAAGUCAUUAGCUACACUUUCUAUGAGCCUAUGUAACAUGUGGGUCCUUCAACAGUCCUUAAAUUAGCUGAAUUUUCCUUGUAAUCCAUAGCCGGACCAAGUUCCCUCUCAGGAUUCACUGCUGUCCUGGUUACUUCUGUGUGAUUUCUGGGAUGGUUUUUUUUCUCUGAACUGGCACCAGCACAAUAAAGAAGCACUGAGAUCUUGUUUUCAUGCUCAGUAAUGAACUGUGCAUUGUUCAUAUCUUAUCUUUACCAGGUUCUGACUCUUGCAAUAAACACAGAUGUUGAAACAAUUAUUUCAGGUAUCUAUUGAAAAAUGAAAAUUUAAUAGGUGCAGCCCUAAAGACACAAACUUUUUUGAGUUGUAUUGAAUUAACUGUAUUCUUCACUGGAGUCUACUUGGAGUUUUGUCGCACUGACAUGUGCGGAGGAUGGAGUGGUGGGUUAAGCAGUAGAAAGAAACAUCUGCAAAGCAUGAGUUGCAGAGAUGUUUCUGCUGGAGGUACUGUGAGGUAGCCUUGCAGCAGUGGCUCUGCAUAACCUCUUUGUGAUGCAUAUUGCUUCAGGCGUUGGUCCUGCAGAUGACAAGGUACAAAAAAAUUCCCUCCCAACCCACCAGGGUCUGUUCAGUGUUUUAACAGGAGCCGUGUUUUUGUUAAAACUUGCACAAUUUAGCUUGAGUGUGAUUAACAUUGCAGACUGUUUAAAAUCCUGGUGCUGAUAACCACUGAGCAAAAUUGCAUAGACUAAACUAGCUCACUAGAUGUUCAGCCUUCUUAAAUUCUGAAGGUAGAACAGUCUUUCUGUUGAUAUGUUAACUUAUACUACAACAACCAAUAAACAGGGAAAAGGGGAUCUUUUUUUAAGGUAGGGGAGUUGCUACCACUUCCCAGAUUUUUUUUUUUUGUAAAUUGAAACUGGGGAUCACAGGAAUAAACUUGCCUUUUGGCAGUGUGAAUGUUGCAUUUUAAACUUUCUGGGAGUGCUUUUGAACCAAUUUUACAGAAUAAAAUGGUAAUGCUUAAUUCUGUGCUUAGCACUUUGAAGUAUUGCUGGGUAUCUGACUUUUACAAAGUACUCCGUAAUCAACUGGGCUGGUUUUUAAGGUUGUGUGGCUAAGGCACAGUACUUGUGCAGAAAAUAAUGUGCUUCCCAAAAAGGCAUAAGUAGAUCACCUGUGUGUAAGUGGCAUGCUAAAACGUUAAAGGGUAGUCACUGUCCUAGACUACUUUGAAGGCCUUAGUAUUCUAUGCUUUGCAGCUAAACCCAUUUCCUUAACUCUGCUGCUGAGAUAUGUAUCCAUACCUUCAGAUCAAGCAGCAAGGGUUGGGGCCGGUGCCACAUUCCCACAGCACAGGAGGGCAGACAGCAGAGGGACAGUCUCACGGUAGCAAACAGUCAAAGGGCUUUUGUCUUUAGUAUAUGAAAAUAAAGCAGCACCGUCCUUGUUCUCUUUUGCUCUGUGCCUGCAUCCCUCUGUCCCUCCUUAAGGUUUGGAGAGUUGGGCCGUGCAGGAGGUAAACUGGCUGUGAGUGGAGGUGGAUCUCAUCCCCCCUCCUUGUGAAGGUGUCAGUACUGGGGACCAAAAUGAUGCUGGCUCAUUGCCCAGUCUCCUCUGCUUUCAACGUCUUCAAACCCACUCACAGGAUCUAGUCACUGUUCGUGCCAUUAAAAACCAAAAUGAAAGCUGUGAAAAGACUUGUCUGUGUGAAUUAGCUAGUAAACAAUUGAAAAAUAGGAAGGAGGCUUUUGUUUCCUGCAUUUGACCAAAUCUGGCAACUGUGCUCUUGUUCAGACUCGCAGACUAGGAAGUGUUGUCUUGCCUUCUGGUGCUGGCAUGUUUCUAUACUCUUUCAUGUAUCUCUGUAUAAAUAUACUUUGUGUGUUGUUUACUAUGGAACUAGUAUUGAUGGACAAAAACACUUUGAGGUAAAACUGUUUGUAAUUCUCUAUUAGUGUGUACAUUUUUUUAAGAUGCGCCAUUUGUUUACCUCAAUUAAUUUAAUGGAAUGGACCAAUAAAUGUAUUAAAUGACGACUCCUUUA